AUGAGAACAGUUAAGUGUGUGUUAGUGGGAGAUGGUAGUGUUGGGAAGACAUGUAUGUUAACUAGUUAUACAACAAAUGCAUUUCCUGUUGAGUACAUUCCUACUAUCUUUGAUAAUUAUAGUGCAAGUGUUAUGGUCGACUCUAAAGCUAUUAACUUGGGGUUAUGGGAUACUGCAGGACAGGAAGAUUAUGAUCGACUUAGACCACUGUCUUACCCUAUGACAGACGUUUUUUUAAUUUGCUUUUCAGUUAUAAGUAAAGUAUCAUAUAAAAAUGCAUGUACAAAGUGGGUUGAAGAAGUGAAACAUUAUUCGAGUAAUGUUCCUUUUAUUUUGGUAGGCACAAAAAGUGAUAUGAGAAAUGAACUUAAUGUGAAUAUUGUGAAUAGUGAAAAGGCUGAUAAAAAAGCUAAAGAAAUUGGUGCAGUAAAAUACUUGGAAUGCUCUGCUCUGUCUCAAAACAAUUUGAAAUUUGUAUUUGAAGAAGCUAUAAGAACGACUUUCAACCAAAAAAAAUCAAACAACGAACAUUUUAAACAAAAAAGAUGUUUGAUCCUCUAA